CAUUCUCCCGACCGUGUGCUGUACAAAACGUGUCUUCUUGGAUAUGGAUAUUCCUGGACUGAUUUCCUGACUUUGUUAGCUACCCUGCUUUGUCAGAACUAUGUCGUUCAGCUUCAAUUUCGAUGUGCAGUUAACUACAAAGUGCCAACAAGACGAAGAAAAUCAACCACAAGAUGGAAACGAGUACAGUGAAGUCGAACCAGUGCCGGGCAUCACGAUCACAACUCAAGACGAAACUGUCAAAGCAGCAGUUGAACACUUUCCCCCAGCCACACCCCACUCCCUCCUCAAUGAUGCUGUCUCUGAGACCAUUACCAUAGGAACCCUUCCACCCCUCAACUUCUUGAAUGAGUCUGUGUUCGAGCUGACAGCUUAUGAGCGAGAUGACGAAGAGAUGAUCCUGUCACAAACCACCGCCCAGUGCUCGGAUCUCAUCUCCGGGGUGUAUGAGGGGGGGUUGAAGGUGUGGGAGUGUACCUAUGACCUCCUGGAGCUGCUGGAGCGAGAUGGAGAGAGAUUUGCAGAGAAGAUUGUUUUGGAUUUGGGUUGUGGUGCCGGACUGCUUGGCAUACUGGCACUGAAGAGAGGAGCAAGUCAGGUCCAUUUCCAGGACUAUAAUAGUACCGUCAUAGAACACGUUACGCUGCCUAACACCCUGCUCAACUGUCUGGAGGAGGAGGAGGAGGAGGAGGAGGAGGAGGAGAGCAAGGGAAAGAAACCAGGAAAGCGGCAGAAUAAUGAUGAGGUAAUUAUCGAAGAAGAGGAGGAGGAAAGCAUGAAAAGUACAGAGAAGACAAAGUCAGAGCUGAAGAACAAACAGAAAAAUGAAGAGGUAGAGGAUGGCAGACCACAUGCCAAGAGGCAAGCACUGGACUCCUCCCAGCACCCAAAGUUGUCAGGCUGUCGUUUCUUCUCAGGUGACUGGACAUCGUUUCUGUCGCUGAUCCUCAAGGAAGACCCAUCCCUUAAAUAUGACAUAAUCUUCACAUCUGAAACCAUCUACAACAAGGCAUACUACUCUGCUCUUCACAACACCCUCCAUAGACUGUUGGCCCCUGGGGGAGUCAUCUACCUGGCCACAAAAACCCACUACUUUGGGGUGGGAGGUGGGCUGCACCUCUUUGAACAGUUUGUGGAGGAAAAGGGUGUGUUUGAUAUGGAGAAACUAUGGGUCGUGGAACAUGGACUACAGAGACAUGUCGUGGCCAUGCAUUUUAAAACAAAAGACAGGUUUUGACUUUGUACAUUUUAAAGUGUGUUUGUGUAUGUAUAGGUGUAGAUGGAUAUAUAAGUAUGUAAAACAUUGGCACAGUGGUGAGGGUCGAUUUAUUUCUAGUUUUCAACUCUAACUAUUGAAAAAGAAUAUCGCAAGUGAACAACUAAGGACUAUGAGAAUGGUCUUUUAAUUAAAAUGGCUUUCCUUAACAUUGUAAAUGAAACAUUAUAUUAGGCAACAUGUGAUAUUACAAGUUAAUAAUUAAUGACUAAAGCAGGUAUGCAAACAUCAAUUGAAGAGGUAAGCAGAGAACAAAGGAAUGGCCUAAAAAGCCCCAAAACCAGAGUCUACAGUACAGAAAGAAAGAUUGAGGGAUAGUGAGGAAGAGGGGGAAAGAGGGAGAAAUGAAAAAAGUAGAGUAUAGUUACCAUAACGAGCACUGGAAAAAAAGAACCUCAAACAAUGGCAUUCAUAUCAUUUACAUGCAUUGACCUAUUCAAAAAGUAUUGUUCACCAAUCCUUUGCACAGUGGUUUGAUACUGGUCUGCUGUGCUUUCAGUAAAACUCUUGAUCUUUCACCCCUUUCUUGUCCAAUAAAAAACAUCCAUGGUGAUAUGUAUCUUUUAAAACUAUGGAUUUUAGCAUCCCUAAAAAUAGCCCACAUUUACUCAGGAUAAUGGACAAACAUUUACAGCAUAUUCAUAGGUAUGACAUUCUGGUGUUUCUACCUUGGUCCACUUAAUUAGAAAGAAGGAAGGCUUAGGAGUUUGAAAGAUUCACCAGUUAUUAUAAGAUUGAGGGCACUAGCUGUACUAAGGAAGAAAAAAAAACCCGGGGACAUGGUUUUGAAAAAAACAUUAAUUAUACAACUAUCAAAUUGCGAGUGAUCAUCGAAAAUUAAUUUACAGAUCAGGAGUCAUCAUUCACAUUUCAGGCAUGUCUGAAUUAUUUUAGCAAUCCCAUUUUGUUAGUCUAAGACUCCUUCAGAAUUCACAGAAUGAUGAUUUAAUUCUGUUAAUUGUAUUUCUAUAUAUGUAUGCGUGUCUGAUAGAUUAUCAAGCGCACCUCAUUGAUUUCUUUUGAUUUACUAAAGUGUUUUAAGGUACUGUAAUUGGGUCCGUGCAGGCCUUCAUGAGCAGGUGAAGAUGUCAAACUCUGUUUCCAUGUGAAGUAACUGCCCAGGGUUUCCAAUUUCAAUGGAAUAAAGCCUUUAAUUACUUCACA